GUAGUCAGUCUUUUAUUCAAUACGUGGUUACCGCCCUUUUUCACUUCAUCUUCUUGCUUAUUCCUUGCAGGUUAACAAAGAUUUGCUGCUUCUAAUCAAAACCAGCACCAUCAAAACACAGCAGCUCAAAUUCCAUUUCUUCGUAGCAAGUUUACUUGCACCAGAGGAGGAGGCAGCGUAGUAGCACUUUCUUCCUUCGGUAGUUUCUCCCACAAAAAAAGAUUGCGUCUUUUGGAUCUUAUGGCAUUUUAACCCAAAACCAAACCUAGGUCCUUGAUUGUCAUAGAGGGGUUGAAGAAUGAAAAUGGUAAACUGACAGAGACAUUAUUUGAAUCUUUGGAGAGGAGAUAUAAUAAACUCCCUGUCAGUGAUGUGAAAUUGGAAGAGAGUACUAUGCCUUUGAUGAGUGAAGAUCCCUCUAAUUGUGGGAACACUGAAGUGGAGCCUAAUCUUGGAGUUUCUUUCGCUGUCAAAGAUGAAAAGGAUGUUAGUGACCACGAGCUUGAAAAUGACACUUGGGAGCCUGUUUCUUUACAAAGGGAUGAAGAUACUCAUUACUCUGUUGAUACUGGCACUUGUCAGUCUCCCAAAAAAGGGAACAAGGAGGAUGCUGUAGGUGCAUUAGGGGUAAAAUUCAAAUUGGAAAAGAAGAUCGUGGACCUAAGUGAUGAUGAAGAUAAGUACACAUCACACGGAUUGCAUGGAGAGAAAGCUAUUUCUCAAAUAAUUGAAGAAAAUGAAUAUCCACAAUUGGUUGAAAUUAUCAAAAGAAAACGUGCUUCUGAUAUUGAGGCUUCUACUUCCACAUCUACAUCCUCUACUGAUUUAUUUGAAAAAGAAAAUCUCCCCGUAAAGAAAACGCCGUUGGCAACUCCCACACCAGUCACUCCUUUGGUUUCCUCACCAUCGUUGUCUCUCUCAUGGCAAUCUAGGUACUUGACUAGUCCCCCUUCUCCUCCUUCAUGUCAUGUUAAAUGGAAGAGGGCUCGAAUGACAUCAUCAGGCCAGUUCUCAUCAGAAUCAGCACUUCAAAUUGCUAAGCGCAUUGAUUCCCUGGAGAUGCAGUCCAAACAGGGUAUGUUUCAUUCCGAUGCAGAUUUCGACGGCCCGUCAGGCAGAAAGAAAGGCCCCGGUGAGACCUCCCAAGGAGACCCUACCAUCGACCUAUCUAUUGUCGUCUCCGGUCGUUCGGAUCAGCCACCAAGGCAAGAACCCACAGCUCACGAGCUCGUUCCCAUCUUGACAAAACGAUUAGUUUUGGAUGGCAAUCCUACUUAUUUACGCAAGCUUGUGGACCGAGGAGAAAUCGGCUACCGGCGAGUUGGCGCAGGCAAAGCUCUUACGGCGCGUUCGUUUAACGUUAACGUUCGUUAUUUUCGUGACUCUAUCAAAGAUGUCAUGACCAAAGUGCUUACCGUUCGCUAUGAAAAUCUUGGCGACAUGCGACCUACUGAUAUCACCGCGGAGAUUACAACUUACGUCCCGCAUAUUGCUGACAUUUGCAUGACGGCUCUCUACGCAAAACUACGUAGCAUUAAUCUUGCAUAUGGACAACAUGCAACCAGGUACACUACUGCCCCUAGUUACACUAAGGACAUUGAACUCCCUCUGCCUUUGGCUCUUGCUAUACAGGAAUUUGGCUCUUUCCAAUCUCAUUCUCUGGAAUCCAACCUCAUCAUGAUACCAACCUACCCAGAAGGAACUCAACAUGAAGGUCGUUCCGCUGCUGCUUACCCCUUCGCUGAAUAUUUGACUUACGUACCGACCCUCGCACGUCUUGGGAUUCCCCUGAAGUCCGUUGACGCCGGAGUUAAAACAGGCUCCGCUUGGUGGACCUUUAAACUGGAAGUUAUUUUCGGAUCUGCUGAUUUAAUCUGCACCCUACCUCGCAGCCACUACUCCGACAUGAGCGCACAGCUUAGAAUGCUGUUUAUCGCUGGAGAUGAGACGCAUCCACCUGAGGAUAUCGUCAGUCUCCCUGCCACUUAUAACAACUUCGGCACUCUUGCAAGUCUUAUCACUAAGCAGUACAACAGCCGCACGUUCCUUGCAAUUAUCCAUGGACCUAAAGAAGAAUGGGAUUAUGGCACUGUCUAAUUUCAAGUUUAUUGUAAUUCGAACAAUAUUGGUUCUUUUGCAGCAAACUUUACUGCGCACUCUUUUGUGCAUCUUGUAUUUUGAAUACUUUUGUGGGUGUUUUUUAAAAAGUACUUCGGACAUUGAACAA